AUGCCUUACAAUACUCGCCGGAAAUCUCUCUCCCUGCCGUCGCUGGGCAUCCAUUUGCCCAAUGCCUCUCGCGCUCACCGCCCCGUCCUGAAGACCACAACACCACCUGCAGAGACCUCCACGUCCCCUCUGCCUCCGACAAAGAAACAGAAGCGCUCUCACGAUGGCGAUGAACCUCUAUCCCCCGUGUCGUCGCCGCGCUCCAAGGUCGGCUCACCUGCGAUCGACCUCCCGACGCCGACCACCGCACUAGCACUCGCUGCUGCCGUUGAGCAGACCCCACCCCCGUCUCCAAAGCUUGGUGCUCCGGUCCGGAAAAUCGACACGGACGGUAUCAACGAUGAUAUUGUGAUCUCUGUCAUCGAACAGUUGGAAAAGACGGGCAACCGGCCACACCUGAUCAGGGAGAUGGCAACAAUAUUGGCCUCGAGCAAUGCCAGUAUCGCUCAUUCUGCGAACCCAGCUGCAUUGCUAUCCUCGCGUCUCAGCCUCUACCUGAAGAGACCAUGGACUGCGUUGUCGCCGUGCCCGUUGGCUAAGGAACUGAUCCCGGUCCACCCACGGAAGGUGUUCUUCUUCCUCACCACGCAACCGCGAAUGCCUCUUCCUGACUCGUCAGCCGACAUCCUCCCUCCCGCCGUGAUCUCGGUCAAGAACCUGACCCCUAGCGUGUCAGAUCACAGCCUGAAUGAAGAUGAUCUGGAUCAACGAGACCGUGCUCGACUAUCUCCCAGUCCGGAGGUGGAACUGUACUCUCCUGACCUGGAUCAGGAUGAUCCCAUGCAGCCUCCGACCCCCGGCGCCCACCUCAGCGCCAGGAGCAGCCUCAAUCCGGACGGUACGCCUGAUAUUCGGCGUAGCACCAACCGGGCUCAAAGUCCUCCACUGGAAGAGGACGAACGUGGCUUCACUGAGACGGCCACUGCAGUGCGCGUCCGCGGUAUGAGUCUACACAAUCCCACCGUUCAAGCAUCAAUUGAGGUUGAUGAAAAGCCUCCCGCAGUCCCGGUGUCAGAAGAGACCCCAGAACAGCGCCAAAAACGUGAUCGAGAGCUCGGGUUGGCCCUCUUUGGCCAGUCUGAUCAAACUCUCCACGUGCCGGAACAGAAGCUGUUUUCGAGCAGCCCCAUCAUGCAGGCCAAACCCGAUCAUCAGGCCCCAGUGCCCAAGACGAGCUUGGUCCUUGAUCUGGAUGAAAUCGAGAUGGGAGUGGCUUCCUGGAGCAUGAUGAGUCCCGAGCAAAUUGAAGUUGAAGAACUGGACGAGAUGUUCAUGGGUUUCUAA